UUGACUCAUAUUGGGGACUUCAUUAACUUGGCCAAGGACAGUCAUAUUGAUGAUAGUCUUUAUUAAAAACCGAUGAAAGGCACCUUUGUUUAGUUUUUUUAGUUUAUACAAACUAAUACCAGUACAUGUUUGGUAAAACAACAGUAAGGGAUAAUGAUUUAGAGCUGCAGUAUUAGAGAUGGUAUGAAACCUCUGUGUCAGCCUCCUCUGAUUACCUGCUUUUCUUUUUUGUAGUGAGAUAACAAAAGAUCAUUUUAAACAGAUAUUUUAAGCACGGGACGAUUGCCGGGUUCCAGUGAAUCUUGUGAUAAACUAUCUACAAAGAUUAUUUUAUUUAAAGUGUUCAAGCUAGCUUCUUGUAAAGGAUCUUCAUUUAAACUUGUGGCAGCGUACAUUGCGUAUUUAGUUUGCGCAACAAAUCUGUAACUUUUUAUAAUACACUACAGAAAACAGAAAGAACAUUUUUUGUAGAUUCAGUGCUGAAGACACCAUGUCAGCCUCUUCUGCUGUUGGUGCAUUUGUUGUGUGGGACUAUGUGGUCUUUGCAGGAAUGCUGCUCAUUUCAGCAGCUAUUGGAAUAUACUAUGCUAUAGCUGAUGGCGGACAGAAGACCUCUAAGGAUUUCCUGAUGGGAGGCAGAAGUAUGACUGCAGUCCCGGUGGCUCUGUCCCUGACGGCCAGCUUCAUGUCUGCUGUGACUGUACUUGGCACGCCGUCCGAAGUUUAUAGGUUUGGGGCAAUGUUUGGUAUCUUUGCCAUUACAUACACCUGUGUGGUGAUCAUCAGCGCAGAGAUUUUUCUUCCUGUCUUCUACAGAUUAGGAAUCACCAGUACUUAUGAGUAUUUGGAAAUCCGCUUCAACAAAGUUAUUCGCCUCUGUGGCACAAUAAUGUUUAUUAUUCAAACAAUUUUAUAUACUGGAAUUGUUAUUUAUGCUCCAGCACUAGCUUUAAAUCAAGUUACCGGGUUUCACCUGUGGGGAGCUGUGGUCUCAACUGGGGUCGUUUGUACCUUCUACUGUACUAUGGGAGGCCUGAAGGCUGUGGUGUGGACAGAUGUAUUCCAAGUUGGGGUCAUGGUUGCUGGAUUCACUUCUGUCGUUAUUCGAGCUGUAGUGGUUCAAGGUGGAAUCUCUCCCAUUCUGAAUGAUUCGUAUCACGGAGGAAGGCUGAAUUUCUGGGACUUUGAUCCCAAUCCUUUAAGAAGACAUACAUUUUGGACUAUCGUAUUUGGGGGCACCUUUACCUGGACUGGGAUAUAUGGAGUCAACCAAGCACAAGUGCAGCGAUACAUCUCCUGCAAAACCCGCUUCCAUGCAAAAAUGUCUCUCUAUGUGAAUCUCCUUGGACUCUGGGCGAUCCUGGCCUGUGCUGUGUUCGCAGGCUUGUGUUUGUACUCGGUGUAUAAGGAUUGCGACCCCUGGACUGCAAACAUCGUGUCAGCACCAGACCAGCUAAUGCCAUACCUGGUGCUGGACCUCCUAAGAGAUUUCCCUGGAGUUCCCGGGCUCUUUGUGGCAUGUGCGUAUAGUGGAACAUUAAGCACUGUUUCCUCCAGUAUCAAUGCCUUGGCUGCUGUAACAGUGGAGGAUCUAAUCAAGCCUUACUUUAAUCUCUCAGAAAGGCAAUUAUCUUGGAUUUCCAAGGGCAUGAGUUUACUAUAUGGGGUUUUGUGUAUUGGGAUGGCAGCGCUAGCCUCUCUAAUGGGCAGUCUCCUACAGGCAGCGCUCAGUGUUUUUGGGAUGAUUGGAGGUCCGCUGUUGGGAUUGUUUGCUUUGGGCAUUCUCUUUCCUUGGGCCAACCCCACAGGAGGACUAGUUGGCCUUGUAUGUGGAUUUGCUGUUUCCCUCUGGGUUGGAAUCGGCUCUCAGGUGUACUCCGCAUUACCUGAGAGUACCAGGCCUCUGCACCUCAGCACAGCCGGCUGUAACCUCAGCACCCCCGCAGUGGAUUCUAACUGGACGGCAAUGACAGAAAUGACACCACUGACAACCACACUGCUGAACGAAGCAGCUGACAGACCCUACCUGGUUGAUCACUGGUACUCAUUGUCCUACCUCUACUUCAGUACAGUUGGAACUUUGGUUGUUCUUGCAGUUGGUCUCAUUGUCAGUCUCUUGACAGGAGGAAGAAAACAGCAUUUGGAGUAUGGAAAAACAUUAGUAAAGGAAGAUCUUAUAUUCUACAGUCUUUUCUCUUCUUAUAAAGCCAGUGAUGAAAAACAGGUUGAAAUGUUGAACUGGAAACCUUCUCCUUCCAAAGUGUCCGGAACAGUCAAUCCUGCCUUCAGUGACAUCGAGUUGGACUUGCCAGAAAAUAAAGAAAAAGUCAAUGGUGUUUGUAUAUAAAACCUGCAAUAUCCUCCAACAGAACAGAAUUGUUUAUACUGAGACUACACUUUGUUUUGGACCAAUGUGUACAUAGGUACAGUAUCAGUUUGUUCUUGAUUUUUUAAAAAUACAUAUUUUUUAUUGUAUUUUUGAUUUGUAUGGAAUCAAUUACCGUUUCCAGACGACAGUCCAGUAAGGGAAUUGUACAUUUAGUGCUCCUUUAUUAAAAACUGUUCUUGUUUUAAUGUAAAACUACAAUGCUGAAGCUUAUCAUUUCCAACUUGUCUACAAAACACACACAAUUACAGCAAGCUCAUUCCUCAAUCACACAAAACCACAGUAUAUCUUUCUGUAUAAGCAAAUUACGUUAAAAAAAAGUCACAGAAACAGGCUGAAAAGUGAGCAAAAUAAAUCAGCCAAGGGUCCCUUCUCAAAACUACUCCUAUUUCAUAGUAAAGGAACUUGGCCCAUUAAUAGUUCUCAGUCCUUACAGCUGUACACUGGUGGGACUUAUAGCUGAAAUUGCCAUUUUUCUGCUGUUGGAACUAAAUCUCAGAUAAAUCAUGCUUCUGCCAGUUAGCAUGGAGUUUUCACACCCAUUACUAUAUUUUUUAAAUAUCAGAAUUGAAACAAAUACUUUCUGAAUCAAAAUACACUGCUUGGUAAUUCUAAUGCAAUUAGAUAUCCCCAUUUCACACAUAUUUGGUCACCGAAGAGCAAUUGGAUGAACUACACCCAUCCGAUUUUCCUAACCCAUGGAAGCACGAAGGCCAAUGCAGCACUCCCUGUUGGUCCUGGGCCAAGAUCACCAAUUUGAAGAAAACAACAUUUGUACUGCCCUGGCAUGAUCUACAUACACUCCUUAGUUCCCAUGCACUUCUGUUUCCACGAGUACUGUUUAAUCAACCUAAAAACUCAUACAUUGCAAUCCCAAUGCAAUUCCAGUAUGUAUGUUUGUAACAUUCAAAACUGAUAGGCUGCAGUAUGAAUUAUUUUUAAAACACAUACAUAUAUCACAUCUAUAUAUAAACCACUGUUCUGGUUUGAUAAUUUGCUAUUUUAGAAAGUUUAUGGCAGUUCUGAACUAGACCAUUGGACUGCAUAGCAAUUAUGGUCCAAUCGUAAAAUGAAGUUUGUGCAUUUGGAUAGUCAUCAAUUGCAAUUCCAGCUCAGAUGUAUUCUUUGUUAACAUACAGUGUUCUUGAAAGCUUGUGUUUUAAACAUGUUUGUCUGAUAAAAGGUAUCAAAAUCAAUACAAUGUACUA